GUGUGUGUGUGUGUGUGUGUGUGUGUGUGUGAGAGGGCACGCGAGUGCAAGCUUGUAUGGACCUUGUGUUCUUGUAAAGGAAGACUAUCGGGGAGGCCAUGAGCCACAGCGAAUGUGGGUACCGGAGUGUAGAUCAAAGAUAAAGGCGGAAAAAGGAAAAUCGGUCAGGAAUAACACACUUGGGCAUUUUGUUCGGUUGGGAUGGAGAUUUGGUUUUGGAGUUUCUUUUAUUUCACGCUGCACGGCUACUACCUACUGAGCACCGCUAAGAACACAGUUUUCCAAUAUGAUCAACAAGCCAAGACCAUCUUUAUCCGGCCUAAGCGUGCCAAUUCGUUCUUUGUGGAAGAACUUCUGAAGGGCAAUUUGGAAAGAGAGUGUUAUGAGGAAAUUUGUAGCAAGGAGGAGGCCAGGGAGGUCUUUGAGAACAACCAGAAAACAGAAGAGUUCUGGAACAUAUACUACGAUGGAGAUCAGUGUAAAUCUAAUCCAUGUCAACAUGGAGGCAGCUGUAAAGACAAGAUAGGAGGCUAUAGCUGCAAGUGCACGGGCAUGUACACGGGACAGAACUGCGAAAAAGAUGUUUCCGAAUGCCCUUCUGGAGGCCCUCUGGUUUGCGAACACUACUGCAGAACUUUACCUGACUCAUACCGAUGCUUCUGCGCCAGGGGCUACAAACUUCACAGCGAUGGCAGGAGAUGCAUACCUCAGGCUCAGGACCCGUGUGGGAACGUUAAGGUCUCAUCUGAAAACUCUACCAGUAGGAGUAUGAACCAAAAUGACCCCUUUUGCCCCAAAGGAGAAUGUCCAUGGCAGGUGAACUUUGUGGAUUCUGCCGGUGAGGUAAUCUGUCAUGGCGUGAUCCUUGGAAGGAGGUCCAUACUUACUUCAGCUCAUUGCAUGACCACACAUCCAGAUCUUGACUUGGUCAUUGGACACUCGGAGGAAAAGAUAAACGCUUUGCGGCAGACAAAAAUGACUUUCCAUAACAGGUACAUGGCUGGCAAUCCUGACGACGAUUUGGCGUUCUUGGAGCUUAAGGAACCGAUUGCUUUGGGUCCAAAAACCUUUCAGCUUUGCCUCCCAGAUAAGGAUUUCAGCGAGAACAUCCUGAUGAAAAGUGGAAAAGAAGGCGUGAUUGUGGGUGGAGCCAGCAAACCUUUGUACCUCUCACUUGACGUCUGCCAUUCAAAACUAAACCUUAGCUUCUCCUUGACCAAUAAGAUGUUUUGUAUGGAGGACCGAGAGCCUGAAGGUAUAAAGUGCCGAUUGCAACGCAAAGAGUGUGAUCUUACAUCUGGGUCUCCUGUGGCUACGGUGGAAGGAAAUACAGCGUUCCUAACCGGACUCUUUCUCUCCCAAAGCGACUGCAACGAGGGACUCGUGUUCACCAAAAUUUCCAGAUAUCUACCGUGGAUCCGCAAACAACUUCUGAGCACUGAGACGGUCCAAACAUGAACUGAUUUCCACAUAAUAAUCACUUCACAAAAAGAAAUGUACAAAAACAGUUUAUUUUACACAAAGAGAUUAAAAACAAUUCAUAAGUA